UGUGCAGAUUUCAUGCCCGCAUUAGAGAUUGUGGCAACGACUUGAUGGACAACGCGACCCCAUCUUACUUUAUGUUGGCCUUUCGCUGGAUUUCAAAAUCAAUCAAUAGCUGAUUAGAAUCUCAGGACGUCAUCGUGAUACAGCGAAUUUUAUUUGGCCCGUGGAAGCUGAGGCCGUGGGAGCUUCGAAGCUCGAACAGAUUCGUACGUGAAUCCACAUGGACGAGUUUAAUGGAUUUGGAAGAUGGAACACGUAUACCGGGUUAGCAGCGACCAUCGAAAGAUCGCCCUGGUGACUUAAAUCAAUGUUUUCUUCGCUCUGGCGGCGGAUGAGCUUUUAAACGACAGUCUAUGCCGACAGGGUAUUGAAACAUUUCAUUGUAUAUGCCUCUCGCUAUCUGCUCUUCCUACCAUAGCGACACUCUGAUAUCACCUUGACGGACAAAUAAAGUACCGAUCUGAGCUCUGGCCUACAAAGUGCUUCCACCUUUGAUAUUUCACUAGCGAAAAAUUCCUUCCCACAGCAGCAGUCCCAUCACUCAUCGGAACGAAAAGAGUAGUAUUGGGCCAGAAUUUUGUCAUCCAAAGGUCAUGCAGAAAGACUAUUGACGCUAACAACCACAUUGCUUGUAUUUGGAGAGGUAGAAUUCGCUAACAUUUGGACGAUAGUCACUCUUACAAUCAACAAUCAUCCAUGCGAGAGUAUCGGUUAGACAUGACUAGGGAAUUUUCCGUCUAGAGGUUGGCUGCAAAACUCCUGUACCAAAUCUUGCAAAGCGAUUGGAUAUAUGCUUUUUGAAACUCUUCUGUUAUAAAUAGCACUGUGAGCGGUUACUCCGGCGAGCUUUGUCAAGCAAUGCAGCGGAUUUAGAGCCACUGCGAAGAAAGUCUGCCGCUCAGCAGAUCGGCAGGUUGGCCUGUCCAUGCAAAUGUGAAAUCCGAUCCUGCAAUCACAGCAUCAAAAGCUGUCCACGCUUACCAGUCGAUUUAGUGUUCCAGGAAUGGAAGACGGUAGGUCAAUCUAUCACGAGUACGGGAACUGUUUCCGUCCAUGCGGCUGGAAACGCUGAACAACCUUUCGUCUAAGUUUUUACAGCUCUUGCAUUCGCCCAGAAGGGCACUCGACUUUGAAGCAGUUCGAGCAUUUCCACGCUUUGAGGAAAUAUAGUAGUUACAGCACCAAGAGGGUUCAAAUCUUUGUCAUAAGCAAUUGCUGAACAGAAGCUUUUCCCCAGGGGGACAAGCUUUCUCGAGCUUUCAAAGGAACACAGCGGAUCUCCUGCAAGUGCGGCGCAACUGCUAUCCUCGUCAUGGCAAAAACAUGCCGGUGCUGAAAGCUGAUGUGGACAGCGACCGGAAUCUAGACAUGCAGGACGAGCGCUCUAUGGCGAAUGUGCAUUCCCCAACGCGCACACUGUGGGUAGCCCUGGUUGGCGGACGCUUGCCGUGAUCCAAUCAAGUUCGCGAUCCGUCCGCCACGAUGACAGAUUCCUGUUCAGCUCGACCACUUUGGACAGAAGAGAAGCACGGCUGCAAAGCUAAACCAGCUGAAAAAAACUAUUCUUGCCAACCGAGAAAUGUCGCGUGUGGUGUUCAAGCUCAAGUCUGAGGUUUGUGGGAACUCUAAGACGAAUUGAUGCUAGCCUACUCGGUUCGCACGCUUUCUUGAACUACGUAGCGAGCGCUAUCAGGGCUUGGAAUCCAUGGCCCUUGGUCACUCUCGCCUGUGAGAACAAGCUAAAUCGUCUUGGUUUGCUUCAUUUGACCGGGCUGAAGCAUGGGUAAUAUCACGCUCCUUGACCAGCGCAGCACUGGCGGAUCAAAAUAUGGACGAGGAAUGAUAAGAAUAUAAAUUGGGGCUGUAGUUUUGUUGCACCGGCCAUCGUCAAGACCUGGUCUGCAUCGCCUCAGCCUUGACCAUAGCAGACAUCCUGCCGCAGUAUCUCCAACCGACUCAAUGUCAAUUAAAGAGCGAAAUGAUCAUAGUAGCCUUGGGACGGAUGCUGCGAUUACAGAAAAAACUGGUGCGAUUGUGAAUGGUCAUGAAUCAAGCAGCGCUCAGCAUGAUACAGAGAGUCUUGAAGAAGUGCAAUGGAAGCCUGGUGUGAAGGCGAGGUUUCCAUGGAUUGGGGCGCUAGCCAUCUUCACCAUCCUACUGUGCAUCGCCUCCUGCGGCAUCAUCCUAGGAACAUCGGACGGAAAGUUUCGAAAUCAGUGGCCCGCCUACGAAAGAUGGAAGUGGGUGAGCAAGUACAAGAAAUGGAGAGUAAGAGCACAGAUUGAACCACAUGUGCUUCUUGCCAUAAUAAACACCGUCUCCAACCUGUCGCUAGCGAUAGCAAUCGGCCAGGGCGUUGCCAUCGCAUGGUGGAGGCGAGUUAUGAAAGGCUCUACAGUGGAGAAUCUCCAUCGCUCAUGGGGCUUCGCCACGUCCGUUUUGGAGCUGGUCACAGCGGGCAGGAUGUUUAACAAGAUCGCUCUGGCCGCGCUUAUGGCCAAGCUUGCUCUUGUCGACAACGUGCUUCUUCAGAGAGCCGCUCAAACUCAACCUGGCAUGUUCUACCAGAAGGGUGUCGAGAUAUCUCUCCCAAUUCAGCGGGAGCUUCCAGUAGGGUAUGCCGGAUUCGCAACCGAGGACGGCAAGACUGGUGCUCUGACGUGGGCUUUUGGGGAAGAUAUAUUGGAAUAUCUGAGCAACCCUAACGUGAUCAAUCUCGACGAUAUAUACAACCACAGCAUCUUGGCCAAUGGUAUAAAGGUAGAUGGAUACAAUACUCGGUGUGAGGGAUUUUGCUUUGGAAUGUUCCAGGGCUUUGGUUUCUCUUUCGAUUGUAGUGAUGAAGUCUUCACAGCAGACUAUCAAGUCACCCCCGAGACCGCCAGAUCCGGUGGCAACACGUCACAAUUGCUGAAGGACAAUCCACUCCUCUUCGUAGACCCACGCUUUGUUCCCCUUGGCGAGACACCGUAUGAGAUAUACGACAACGAGUCGGGAAUACCUAGCGACUACCAGAACAAGACUGUGGAUACAGCCAGCAUCGGACUAUGGGUCAAAUUCUCGAACUUGACGGCUUCAGAAAAUGAUCAAACAGAUUGUUUCGGACAAACGACGAGUUACUACUGCAUACUGACUCCUGCUAUAGUUCAAUACCCCAUGAACAUUAGGAACUUCAGCUCGGACUCGGGGCUUUCAGCAAGCAAUGGAAUGGAGCUUGUGAGAAACCCGUACAUCAACUAUUCCGCCGACCCAAGAUACGACUACCAGGACAACUCGGGAUACCUGGUCAAUGGGCAGUUUGACGGGAUGACGGUGAUUGGCCCAGCAUAUCAGCCGUACAAUGACUCGGUCAACUCCAAUCUCCAAGCCAUUGCAGACUUCCUCAAAUCCGACGUCAGCGCCCAAGUCGUCAUGCAGUACGUUCCGCAGAACGCGACGGCGGGCGUGUACGCACCAAACUACAAAGCGAACGUGAACGCCAGCUCCUUGUUCGGUCAGUGGGAGAUUUCCUUUGACCCCGGCGAAAGCUGCAGCAUCGACGUGUCCGACCCGUUGUACGACAUUGCCUGGGAGGUCAACCACAUGAUGCUGCGUUCGAGCUUGCGCGCCGCGGUCGCGUACAAGUACGUUCAGGACGGUACGGUCAACAGCGGCGCGGUGCAGAACUUCACGACGUCGAUGGGAGUCCCCGAUGUGUACUACUCGACCAACUGGUGGUACGGUGGCGCGGCCAUGAUCAUCACGUUCAUCUGCGUUCUUUGCGUGCUGCCGUCCUACUGGAAGUUCUGGGAGCUGGGUCGAAAGGUUACGCUGGGGCCGAUUGAGGUUGCUGGAGCCUUCCAAGCACCGGCCCUGGACCACCCCGCUGUCGCCACGCACGGCGAAGCCAACGUGUUUGUUGAUGUGAUUGGGGAUCGCCGCGUACAAUACGGCAUGAUCGACGGAGAGCAAAGGCUGGGCGUUGCUGGUCCUUCACAAGUCAGAUCGCUGGCGCGUGGAGCUUUAUCGUAGUACGUGAUUAGGAAACGACAGCGAGCCUCCUUGCACCAAACGACCACGCCAAAGUUCAUUUUAAACCACACGUGCCAUUCCAAGCGUUGAUGAAACACAGCUUUGAAGCGAAUGUGACCUAUCAAAACGAAAAUACUGAAUCUGUGCCGUGAGAGGUUCGUCGGGUCGGGUUUGACAAUUUUGCAUGUCUGCAACGGACUCGGGUUGCUUAGUUCGUGACAGGCGUGCAAGCGACGAUACCAACGAAAUGAUCCCGAACAGACGAAACGAAUCCAAAUGUUCGAUUUGAGGCGAAAAUGCUUCUUCCUGCACGCAUCGGAGCCUGACAGGGAAAAGGAGUAAGUCUAAAUUAGAGACUGGGGAAAAGGAUUUGAUGUGGGUAAUGAGAUAGCGUUAACUGAAGUCGAAAUUAACA